GCCGGGCGAGUCCCCCGCGGCCUCGCUCGCACCGAGAGCCGCACCGGGCUCCUGAAACUUUCACGGGUGUUACAGCCCCGGGUCCCGCCUGCCACUGAGCCACCCCUCCGGUUUAACCCCCGGCCCGCUGCGGCUGCCCCGUGCCCGUCCCCUCCCCGCAGCCCUGACAGCCCCUGUGCGGCCGGUGCCCCCUUUCCCCUGCCCUCCCCGCGCUCCCCGGCUCCUGCUAUCCCUGCCUUCCCAAGGGAUUCCCGUGGCAGACAGUCCCUGCAUCCCCUCCCGGAGACACCAGCCCCGUGUGGCAAUCUCAAACCUCCUCCCUGAACAGUAUGGUACACAUUGGUUUGGGAGCUGCAGAGCAUCUGCUUCCAGUCUCCAAAGGUCCCUGGGAAUAGCACCGCUAGCUAAAGCUUUCAUCAUGGGGGACAUGAAAACCCCUGACUUUGAUGACCUCUUGGCUGCUUUUGACAUCCCCGACCCGACUAGCCUGGAUGCCAAGGAGACCAUCCCAUCAGCUGGGGAGGAGACUGAGAAUCACCUGAAGUCGUCGGGAAUGUGCAUCGAUGAGAACGUUUCCUUGUCCCACUCUCUGCCUCCCUCUGAUGCGCCUGUUGUGAGUGUGAUCGUGAAGAACACGAGUCGCCAGGAGUCCUUUGAGGCAGAAAAGGAGGGGAAUCACCUCGGAACCGGUCUGUUACACAACGGGUUUCGUGGGUCUGAUCUGCCAGCAGAGGCUCAUGCUUUAGUCCAUAAUUAUGGCAAGUUUGAGUCAACUUUUAUUAAUGGUGACAGCUCCAGAGGUUACUCUGAUAAACUGGACCAGUCCAAGUCAGAGCCUUUGCCAACAUUUAGUCAGUUUAGCCCCAUUUCCAGCCCUGAACCGGAGGAUGCGUUCAGAGAAAACAGUAUUGGGGAUAAACCCAAACAUGCCCAAACUCCCUAUUUUCCACCGCCUUCAAUGUAUAUACCGACAGGAGCUUCAGUCCUGGAUCAUCUUAGGAAGGUGCCAGAGCCUGAAUUAAGCAUGUUUGAUCAGUACUGUAAAAAGGAACAGAAGAUGGAAAUCCAUUGCCAGCCAGAGAAUAGGCUGGAAAUGAGCAGGAGAGAGCAGGACAAAGCAGCAGAGAGGUUUGUGGAGUCAAGCAAGGACUUGGUAGAUAGCAACAGCUUUCUUGGAGAAGGCUUGGUGUUUGGAGACCUCCCUCGCAAUAAUUUAGGAGACAGUAAGGGGUCUGUGCCCGAGCUGAACGUGUCAGUCCCACCUCGGCAGAGGUUAAAGCCAACUCAUUCCAAAUUGUCAUCCUGUGUGGCAGCAUUAGUAGCUCUUCAGGCCAAAAAGGUUGCAUGUAUUCCAAAAGGCGAUCAGCCAAAUCUUACCAAGGAACCUGGUCCUUUUAAAGACGGGACAAAGGGAAGUCCAAAAAUGCCCAAGUCACCAAAGAGUCCCCGAAGCCCCUUGGAGGUGGUCAGGAAGGCCAGCAAGCAACCUGAGAGUCCUCGUAGUGUAUGCAGUGACAGCAGCGGGAAAGGCUCUCCUUCCAUGGCAGCUGGCUCUCCGCCAGCUAUUCCCAAAGUUAGAAUAAAGACUAUCAAGACAUCCUCUGGUGAAAUUAAAAGGACUGUAACGAGAAUUUUGCCAGAAAACGAUGAGUUGGGCAAAUCUUCAGAAGAGUCACCUGCGGAAACCUCCUCUGCUGAAGAGUUUAUCAAAUCUUUCCCAUCCCCUGACACUAGUGCAGCUAUGGAAAGUGAGGCUGGCAGGAAUUCAACCAAAAAUGGGGCUGCUGUGGCUAUCCAGCUGUCAAACGUAACAAGUCCUUACUCAGACAGUAUAAGGAUGGAUAUUGCAAACAGUACGUGUACCGUGUCCUUAUCUCCGCUGCCAAACUGCGGCAGCGGUGCCAUAAAAGUGGGUGUCAAGAGGCAGCAGCAGGGUACGGCGACGCAGCCGUCCAACGCCUCCACCUCCUCCGGCCUUCUUCCCAAAGCCGUGCACUUGGCAAAUCUCAACUUGGUCCCCCACAGUGUUGCUGCUUCUGUUACGGCAAAGUCGUCGGCGCAGAGGCGGAACCAGCCUCAGGUGACACAGAUGUCGGUGCCGCUGGUGCACCAAGUCAAGAAAGCUGCUCCCGUUGUCAUGGAGGCAUUCCACAAAGUGCUGCACAGUGCCAACCCGGUGCCCAUAUAUACUCCGAACCUCAGCCCUCCGCCUGACACCAGUAUUAAUUUACCUGCCUCUGGGUAUUGUUGCCUGGAAUGUGGGGACUCGUUUGCCUUAGAGAAAAGCCUGACUCAACACUAUAGUAGGCGAAGCGUUCACAUUGAAGUCAUGUGCACACAGUGUUCAACUAUGCUCCUUUUUUUUAAUAAGUGUAGCUUGCUUAAACAUGCACGAGAUCACAAGAGCAAAGGAUUUAUCAUGCAGUGUUCUCAGCUGCUCAUGAAACCAAUUUCCACAGACCAAAUGUUUUCACUUUCUCCUACAAGCUCUUCAGCCUCUCUGGCUCCUCAGACUUUGCACUCAUCCUCUCCUCCACCCAAGUCCAGUGCUGCUUCAGGAGGUGGGGUGGGGAUUUCUGUGAACACUCAGCCAGCCUUGCCUCUCUACCCAGACCCACAGAGGCUAAUCCGUCAUGGACUUAAGUGUUUGGAGUGUAACAAGCAGGAGCAGGAUUAUGCUUCUUUAGCAGCUCAUUACCAGAGAACCUCAGAAGAUAAUGAGAGACUGACGUGUCUAGUGUGCCAGAUGAUGCUGCCCAACCAGUGCAGUUUCUGUGCCCACCAGAGGAUCCACGCGCACAAGUCUCCGUACUGCUGCCCGGAGUGCGGGGCCGUGUGCCGCUCGGCCUACUUCCAAACCCACGUCAAGGAGAACUGCCUGCACUACUCCCGCAAAGUCGGCUUCAGGUGCAUCCAUUGUGGAGUUGUCUUCAUGACCCUCGCCAUGCUCAAAGUGCACAUCCACGAGAAACACUGCGAAGUCUUCCACAAGUGUUCUUUCUGCCCCAAGGCCUUCAAGUCAGCUGACAGCACCGUGGCUCACAUGGCCAGCCAGCACCCAGCAGAACCUCACAAGGCUACUCAGGUGAUCUACAAAUGUUCUUGUGAGACAGUCUUUAACAAGAAGAAGCUGCUCCAGGAGCACUUCCAGCAGAACACCAACAAGUUGUUAGUGGGAGUGUUUAAGUGCCCACAGUGUCAGCUGGUGUAUAUGCAGAAACAGCAGCUAAUGCAGCAUGUUAAGGGUGUCCAUGGAGUCCCCCAAAAUCCUGAGGAGCUCUCAAACUUUCGGCAGAAAUCUGAGAAGGCUUCAAGGAACCAGGUUCAUGCCUCACCAAAGGAUCUGUCAGUAGCCAAUGGGACUUCCCACUCCCCUCUGACGAGGAAGGACAUGAGGGUGGAAGGACACAAUCCCGAAUCCAAGUCCAGACUGAGAAGAAGUGGUUGGACUUGCAAGGAAUGUUCACAGUGGGUCCCUGAUCGGGAAACCUAUGUGUCCCACAUGAAGAGAAAUCAUGGAAGGUCCAUGAAGAGAUACCCCUGUCGCCAGUGUGAGCGCUCGUUCAACGCCUCCAACAGCUUGCGCAGACACAUCCGCAAUAACCACGACACAGCAAAGAAAGUUUACACUUGCUGGUACUGCACAGAUGAAAAUCAGACAUUUCCUCAGCCAUUCAUGCUGGAGAACCACAUCAGCCUCAUGCAUGGCAUCAAAAACCCAGACCUGUCCCAGAUGGCCAAAGCGAAAGCUCCAGAGAGAGACACAGCAGAAGCAAAAUCUCCAAAGAGGAUGGCACCGGAUGAGCUGGGUCAGGCAGAGACCACUGUGGGUUUGGAUGAGCCACCAGCCAAAAAACUGAAAGCACCUUGGAAAUGCGCCAAGUGCGGCUUCACGACGGACACCCGGACUGAGUUCCAGGAACACAUACCUCGGCACAAGACCGACAGCUCCACCUUCCAGUGCUUGUUCUGCGGCCUGUGCUACACCUCCCACAUCUCUCUGAACAGACACCUCUUCAUUGUUCAUAAAGUCAAAGAUGAGGAGGAGGAGGAGGAGGAGGAGGAAGAAGAGGAGGAGGAAGAGGAAGAUGAAAGGCAGAAGUAUCAAGUGGAGAUGAGUGAGAAUGGACAUGAGAGCUACAAUGGAGAGCUGAACACUAGGGCAGCAGAGGAGAACAAAUACAAAGAGUGCAAAAGUGACUCAGCUCUUUGUGAGCACAGUCAGACGUGUGGCGCAGAGGGCCCCAACAGCACCUCACAGAACAAUCAUGCAAAGUCUGUUAAGACUUAAAAACAGAAAAAAGCCCUUUUGGUUGGUUGGGGUUUUUUGGUUGGGGGGUUUUUACUCAAAAUACAGGGUGGGGAUUGGGGCAGAUCUUUGAAAUAUUCUAUUGAUUUCUUGGGAUGGACAUUGCUUUCCGUUAACUUCCAUUUGUAAGGGAAAUUUAAAAUCAAAAAAAAAAAACAAAACCAACCCUGCCAUUGCAUCCUAAGCACUAACUCUCUGCCAGCCCAGAGAGGUGAAAAGGGAAAGCAGGGCCAGAAUCCUCGCUGGAGCUUGGCCAACUCCUGAGGAUCCAGGAGCACUUUGCAGCUGCAGUUUCCUUCAGACGAGCUCUCCUCCUUCGAGUGUGCACUGCCUCAGCCUCUGCCUGGAGUCCCAGCCACGACUUCCCUAUCUCCCUUUCUUUCUCCUUCUAUUUAUGGCUUCUUUUUUCUCUUCCCAUCCUGCCUUUGUGUUACUCAUUUUAACUCAUAACGCUGGCUCAGCAAAACGCGCUUGUCAGGACUGUGCUGGUCCAGGAUCCACGUCACAGGGGACGGGUUCGAGCUGUGAGUUGUGCUGGUUAUUCUUAAUUACCCGAAUAACAACCUGCUUUUCUAAAAUGCAAUUUAAUGAAAUGUCUUGGACAUGAGCCAUCCUCAGAGAGGAUUUCAUAGCCCCUGUCUUCCUAGGUGAGCACAGUUAAGGAGGGCCUGGUCCCCCUCGUGUGUCAGUGGAGUUGUGCUGCCGGAAGCCAUUCCAGGAUGGAUGCUGCCAGGCCUGGUGCUUAGUAGCUUGUCUUGAUGGGGAGCUUGGGCAGGUUGGCAGUAUCACCAGAAGGGGGAAACAUCAUCUGCUCCAUCUGUGGGGUCAACUGGAGUGAAACCAUCCUGGAGCUUCUGAUGGCAUCGGUGCCAGGGCUCUCUGACCAGCUCUUUUUGAGGGGAGAGGAGCAGAGCAGAGCUCACAGAAGCAUUGGAACCAGUGGGAGCCAUUGUCCUGCAGCGUGGUGGGGCUGGUGCUCCAGCAGUAGCUCCUCUCCUGCUGUGGCUCCGCAUUGCCUAUCACUUAGGAGAUGUUUCUUUCUAUGUAGUCACAUUGACUCUUUCCUCCCUCAUUCAUUGUCACACCCACGCUUCAUGUAAUAUAAUUACCUUCUAUACCAUUAUUUUUUUCAUUCUGUUGAGCCAGAACCCCGCUCCUUAUUGUUUACUCUGAUGAUGUUUAAAUAAUUUAAGAACUAUUUAUCUCCUUGCA